GCGAGGGCGGGGAGCGGCGCGGAAGCCGGGCCACAUAAAGGAGCGGGCGGCGCAACAGGGGCGGCUCUUUCCUGGGUGGGGUUUGUGAAGUCGUGGCCCGUUAGCAGGAAGCCUAACAGUCGCCCCGACGCUAGUGAGGGACCCAAUCUGAGUCCCCGGCCAACCGAAUCCGAGCUGUGUGUACUGCGUGCUCAGCACUGCCCGACAGUCCUAGCUAAACUUCGCCAACUCCGCUGCCUUUGCCGCCACCAUGCCCAAAACGAUCAGUGUGCGUGUGACCACCAUGGAUGCAGAGCUGGAGUUUGCCAUCCAGCCCAACACCACCGGGAAGCAGCUAUUUGACCAGGUGGUGAAAACUAUUGGCUUGAGGGAAGUUUGGUUCUUUGGUCUGCAGUACCAGGACACUAAAGGUUUCUCUACCUGGCUGAAACUCAAUAAGAAGGUGACUGCCCAGGACGUGCGGAAGGAAAGCCCCCUGCUCUUUAAGUUCCGUGCUAAGUUCUAUCCUGAGGAUGUAUCCGAGGAAUUGAUUCAGGACAUCACUCAGCGCCUGUUCUUUCUGCAAGUGAAAGAGGGCAUUCUCAAUGAUGAUAUUUACUGCCCGCCUGAGACUGCUGUGCUGCUGGCCUCGUAUGCUGUCCAGUCUAAGUAUGGCGACUUCAAUAAGGAGGUGCAUAAGUCUGGCUACCUGGCCGGAGACAAGUUGCUCCCACAGAGAGUCCUGGAACAGCAUAAACUCAACAAGGACCAGUGGGAGGAGAGGAUCCAGGUGUGGCAUGAGGAACACCGUGGCAUGCUCAGGGAGGAUGCUGUCCUGGAAUAUCUGAAGAUUGCUCAAGAUCUGGAGAUGUAUGGUGUGAACUACUUCAGCAUCAAGAACAAGAAAGGCUCAGAGCUGUGGCUGGGGGUGGAUGCACUGGGUCUCAACAUCUAUGAGCAGAAUGACAGACUAACUCCCAAGAUAGGCUUCCCCUGGAGUGAAAUCAGGAACAUCUCUUUCAAUGAUAAGAAAUUUGUCAUCAAGCCCAUUGAUAAAAAAGCCCCGGAAGACUUGGAGAAGACCCGUGCUGAGCUGAAGACUGCCAUGAGUACACCUCAUGUGGCUGAGCCUGCUGAGAAUGAGCAGGAUGAGCAGGAUGAGAAUGGGGCAGAGGCUAGUGCUGACCUACGGGCUGAUGCUAUGGCCAAGGACCGCAGUGAGGAGGAACGUACCACUGAGGCGGAGAAGAAUGAGCGUGUGCAGAAGCACCUGAAGGCCCUCACUUCGGAGCUGGCCAAUGCGCGAGAUGAGUCCAAGAAGACUGCCAAUGACAUGAUCCAUGCUGAGAACAUGCGACUGGGCCGAGACAAAUACAAGACCCUGCGCCAGAUCCGGCAGGGCAACACCAAGCAGCGCAUUGACGAAUUUGAGUCCAUGUAAUGGGCACCCAGCCUCUAGGGACCCCUCCUCCCUUUUUCCUUGUCCCCACACUCCUACACCUAACUCACCUAACUCAUACUAUGCUGGAGCCACUAACCAGAGCAGCCCUGGAGUCAUGCCAAGCAUUUAGUGUAGCCAUGGGACCAAACCUAGCCCCUUAGCCCCCACCGACUUCCCUGGGCAAAUGAAUGGCUCAUUAUGGUGCCAAUGGAACCUCCUUUCUCUUCUCUGUUCCAUUUAAUCUGUAUUGCUAGAAUAUCCUACUUGCCCAGCCCAGAGGUACUUUCCACUUGAUUUUGCAAAUACCCUUACACUUACUGUUGUCCAAUGGGAGUCAAGUGUGGAGUAGGUUGGAAGCUAGCUCCCUUCCCCUCCCCUACCACUGCCUUCUUCUUCAGGGUCCUGAGAUUUACAGGGUUAGAGUAUUACAUGGUUUAGGGAAUGAGACAGGACCUUGGAUAUCUGCUCCAGGAUGUCAACUGACCUAAAAUUUGUCCUCCCAGUGCCCAUCCCGUUUAGAGUUAUUUAGGCUUUGUAAUGACUGAGGGAUAAAAAGAUGUUCAGUCAUUUUUGUUUCUACCUUCCAGAUUGGACCUGUUACAAACUCAGCCUCAAUAAGCCUUGUCGUUGACUUUAGGGACUCAAUUUCUCCCCAGGGUGGAUGGGGGAAACAGUGCCUUCAAGAGGCUUCACCAAAUGUACUAGAAGGCCAUUGACCAUUCUGUUCUGGCAAGGCUGAGUAGAAGAUCCUACCACAAUUCCUUAUAGGAGUAUAGGCCUGUCUAAAGUGAGCUCUGUGGGCAGAGCUACCCCUUACUUAUUAUUCCAGAUCUGCAGUCACUUCAUGGGAUCUCCCCCUCCCUGCUUCAAUCCCCAAAUCCUCUCCAGCUAUAACAGUAGGGAUGAGUAUCCAAAAGCUCAGUCAGCCCCAUCAGGACUCUUGUGAAAAGAGAGGAUAUGUUCACACCUAGCUUCAGUAUUUUCCCUGCCAGGGGUUUUAGGUCUCUUCCCCUCUCAGAGCUACUUGGGCCAUAGCUCCUGCUCCACAGCCAUCCCGGGCUUGGCAUCUAGAGCUUGAUGCCAGUAGGCUCAACUAGGGAGUGAGUGCAAGAAGCUGAAUGUGGUGAGAGAAGUCUGUGCCCUGAUCCCAGUUUACUCAACCCUUUCACGUGACCAAAAUUCCCUUCUCAUCACUCCCCUCCAAAGUGGUGACUGGGCCCUGCCUCUGUUUGACAAACCUCUAACCCAGGUCUUGACACCAGCUGUUCUGUCCCUUGGAGCUGUAAACCAGAGAGCUGCUGGGGAUUCUGGCCUAGUUCCUUCCACACCCCCACCCGUUGCUCUCAACCCAGGAGCAUCCACCUCCUUCUCUGUCUCAUAUGUGCUCUUCUCCUUUCUAUAGUAUUAUGUAUUUUACUGAUAUCUAAAUACUGAUUUCUGCCUUCCUUGCUAAUGCACCAUUAGAAGAUAUUAGUCUUGGGGCAGGAUCAUUUUGGCCUCAUUCCUUUACCACCCCCACACUUGGAAAGCAUAUACUGUAUUACAAAACGACAUUUUGCCAAAAAUAUUAAUAUAAGAAGCUUUCAGUAUUAGUGAUGUCAUCUGUCACUAUAGGUCAUACAAUCCAUUCUUAAAGUACUCGUUAUUUGUUUUUAUUAUUCCUGUUUGUCUUCUCCCCAGGGUUCAGUCCUCAAGGGGCCAUCCUGUCCCACCAUGCAAUACCCCUAGCUUAGAGCCUCCUUCAGUUCCCCUAUCUACCACCCCCGACUCUGCCUGACCUUGAGGAGUCUUGUGUGCAUUGCUGUGAAUUAUUGACACUCACUUGGUGAUAUGUCCUAUAUUGGCUAAAUUCAAACCUGGAAUUGUGGGGCAAUCUAUUAAUAGCUGCCUUAGAGUCAGUAACUUACCCUUAGGGAGGCUGGGGAGAAAGGUUAGAUUUUGUAUUCAGGGGUUUUUUGUGUACUUUUUGGGUUUUUUAAAAAUUGUUUUUGGAGGGGUUUAUGCUCAAUCCAUGUUCUGUUUCAGUGCCAAUAAAAUUUAGGAAGACUUUA